UGUCGCGCAUGUGGACUUUUUUUUGUGGUCGUGCAUAGUGGCAGCUUUUCCGACCCAGAAGAGGGCAAGUGGAUGGGAACGAUUUUGCCCUUAGGGAAGGCGUCGGCUCCUAUUUGUUGUGCGACACAUCGCAACUAUGGUGACACCAAGCGAGAGCCGCCCGCGACUUCCCGGAUGAGCAUCGGACUACAAAACAUCCGAGAAGAAAGCACGCGUCACAUGUGGACAGUCAACAAGUCCCACAAAGAAGUCUUUUGAGGCGGUCGCCAUGGCGUCGACGGGCAUGCAGCUGCUGGCCAGCGGCCUGUGCCUGCUGGGUUGGGCGGGUGUGAUCAUCAGCUGCCUACUGCCCACGUGGCGGGUGACGGCGUUCGUGGGCAGCACCAUCGUGACGUCGCAGACCAUCUGGGAGGGCAUCUGGAUGACCUGCGUGGUCCAGAGCACAGGCCAGAUCCAGUGCAAGCCCUACGAGUCAAUGUUGGCGCUGAGCGCCGACCUGCAGGCGGCCCGUGCCCUCAUCGUGUUGGCGGUAUUGACCGGCGCCGUGGGCCUUGUGCUGGCCUUCAUCGGGGGCAAGUGCACCCGCUUCCUAGAUCGGGAAGGGUCCGGCUCCAAAGGCAGGGUGGCGAUGGCGGCGGGGGCUGUUCUGAUCCUGGCGGGCGUGUUGUGUUUGAUUCCCACCUCAUGGGUGGCCGGCGCCGUGGUCAGAAAGUUCUACAGCGCCGCUAUUGACGCUCAGCGGCGUGAACUCGGCGCCUGCCUCUACAUUGGUUGGGGGGCGUCCAUCAUGCUCAUUCUCGGAGGGGGGCUUUUCAUCAGCUCCAAUUGCCCCCUCGAACCGCGUGGCGCCGACAAGAGCCCGUCCGUACGAUACCUGAUGGUCCGUUCGCCCACCGGGUCGCUCCACAGGAUUCCGGCCACGAGGUCCAGCGGCACCCUUUUCAGCGGGCCUCCCAGUUAUCAGCCGGCCUCCGCCAAGUCCGAGCCUGCCAUCGGGACCCCUUGGGGGUACGGCGGACAAAACUCGGAGAAGUCCUCCACCAAGUCUCAAUUGAAGCGAAUGGACUCUGCGCCUUCAGAGCAAAGCGAAGCGCCGUCUUACAAGUCUCAGCUGAAGCCCGACGAGGAGAACCGCAAUUUGGGUUCUGCUGGGAGCCAACCUGAAGAUGCAUCCUCCAAUCCUACAAAGACCUACCUCUGACAUAUCCAAGAUCUGGACUAGCUCAAGGUCUUACUGUUGACCGGGAUGUAUCCACUCCAAAGAAUGAGAGCAACUUUGUUAUAUAAGGUCAGAAUCCUACCUUUGAUGCGGACUUGUGCACUUUGGCUUAACCAAACUCGUGAUAUUUUCUUUAAUCUGUCUUUGUGACACAUGACCUCAACUCUGCCUUUAAUUGACUUCAUGUUUAACCAUUUAAUCUAGGAAUAAGAAUGUGAACCUUUUAACCUCUGAAUAUUAUUUUUCCCCCAGCCGAGACCCCAAAACAUCCAAGACACGUAUUUGCACUUAAAUGUUUGUGGUAAUCAUUGAUGUAAUUGUGAUCAUUUUGAACCGUUUUCUUUUUGUAGUGAAUGUAUUAUAAAUGUAAUCCACUAAAUACAAUAAAAGAAGAUGGCUGCUUGAA